AUGGUAUGCGACGUUCAACAAAUAAGGAAGACCCGUCAAAAAUCUGAAACAGAGAAAUCGGAUUCCAGUAAAUCAGCAAAACGGGAUGAUGGUAACAACACAAAGGAACGAUUCCUAGAAAAGCUCAAAGACCUGCUAAUAGAUGAUGAUGAUGAUGAUGAUGAUGAUGAUGAUGAUGAUGAUGAUGAUGAGGAUGAGGAUGAUGAUGAUGAUGAUGAUGAUGAUGAUGAUGAUGAUGAUGAUGAUGAUGAUGAUGAUGAUGAUGAUGAUGAUGAUGAUGAUGAUGAUGAUGAUGAUGAUGAUGAUGAUGAUGAUGAUGAUGAUGAUGAUGAUGAUGAUGAUGAUGAUGAUGAUGAUGAUGAUGAUGAUGAUGAUGAUGAUGAUGAUGAUGAUGAUGAUGAUGAUGAUGAUGAUGAUGAUGAUGAUGAUGAUGAUGAUGAUGAUGAUGAUGAUGAUGAUGAUGAUGAUGAUGAUGAUGAUGAUGAUGAUGAUGAUGAUGAUGAUGAUGAUGAUGAUGAUGAUGAUGAUGAUGAUGAUGAUGAUGAUGAUGAUGAUGAUGAUGAUGAUGAUGAUGAUGAUGAUGAUGAUGAUGAUGAUGAUGAUGAUGAUGAUGAUGAUGAUGAUGAUGAUGAUGAUGAUGAUGAUGAUGAUGAUGAUGAUGAUGAUGAUGAUGAUGAUGAUGAUGAUGAUGAUGAUGAUGAUGAUGAUGAUGAUGAUGAUGAUGAUGAUGAUGAUGAUGAUGAUGAUGAUGAUGAUGAUGAUGAUGAUGAUGAUGAUGAUGAUGAUGAUGAUGAUGAUGAUGAUGAUGAUGAUGAUGAUGAUGAUGAUGAUGAUGAUGAUGAUGAUGAUGAUGAUGAUGAUGAUGAUGAUGAUGAUGAUGAUGAUGAUGAUGAUGAUGAUGAUGAUGAUGAUGAUGAUGAUGAUGAUGAUGAUGAUGAUGAUGAUGAUGAUGAUGAUGAUGAUGAUGAUGAUGAUGAUGAUGAUGAUGAUGAUGAUGAUUAG